AGAGAGUGAAAGAGAGCGAGCGGGGGAGGGGGGUUGUCAUCGGUUUCUCAUUCUGAGGUCUGCUGCGUUCAGGGAGCUGGGGGAAGUGGGAAAAACUCAGUUGGUCCUUUAAGAAAGUCGUGGGCUUGGAUCUGGGGACCGCUCCGAACGCUUUCUCUUUUUUCCUCCCCCCGUUACCUCCUAAUUUGGGAUUUGUUUGGGAGCUGGAGAGCACAAAGUCUGAGAGAGUUUCGCCUUGCUGAGAAAGCUCGCUUUGAUCCCGCAGAGUCAGCUUCAGAAUGUCUGAUUCCAAUGUCAAUGCGCAUUUGGAGGGAAUUAUCUCAGACUUUGAAGCACUUAAGAGGUCAUUUGAAGUGGAGGAGGACACAUCCACAAACCCAUCCCCUCUGUCCCGUAGAACGACCAAUCCUCUGCGCUCCGCCACCUCUUCUACGAGCAGCCGUUUCCAUGACAUGAGAUCGCUCAACUCCGAGUCCACCUCCAGGCACGCUUCAGAUUCCUCCUCCAACCAGAGCUCUCCAAAGUCUGGCAUGGGGCGCAUAGAGUUAUCGAGGGCCCGCAUCCCAGAGGCUGUGUCGCGCAGGACCGAGAUCUCCAUCGACAUCUCCUCCAAGCAGGUGGACAGCUCACCCAGUCCCGGUAUCACCCGCUUCGGCUUAAAGAGACCUGAGGUCUCGCUCCAGAGUAAAGCCACAGAUGGGCCUCUUUACAGAAGGGCUGAAGGUAACCACAGCAGACCCCAGGAACCUCCAACACCACCAAGGAGAGCUGACCCACCAAUAUCUGCGUCCCGGAUCCCUGAGGUGUCCCAGAGGCGAGCAGAGCCUCCCAGCCCUCUUGAGAUCUCAGCUCCUACCAGACGGGCAGAGAUGCACAUUAACAGACAGCUGGACACACCGUCUCCUGCACGGGAGUCAGAGAACAGCUUCACCUCCGCAGCCAGCAUCACUCCUAACUUCGAUGAAUACAAAACCCCUCCAGCAGUACAUGAAGCCCCACUAAGGCCUCAAGAGAGUAAGUCACAUGUGCUUUAACAUUGCUAAAUUGCU